AUGGCGCUGUGCGGGCGGGGCUGGGCGCGCUGUGCCCGCGGGCUGCGGCUCGGGGCCUUGCCCCGGCCCGGGCUCUGCGGGACCCGCGGCGUGCGGGGCUCCAACCCCUUCACCCGGCAGCAGGAGGAGGAGUGGCGGCGCCGGAACCGCGCGACCGUGGGCUACAUCGCGGCGGCGGCCGUGGGCAUGGUGGGGCUGUCGUACGCCGCCGUGCCGCUCUACCGCCUCUAUUGCCAGGCCACGGGGCUCGGCGGGACGGCGGGCACGGGGGGCGACCCGGAGCGGAUCGAGCGCAUGGAGCCCGUGCGGGACCGGCGCAUCAGGGUCACGUUCAACGCCGACACGCACGCCAGCAUCCAGUGGAACUUCAAACCGCAGCAGAGCGAGAUCUACGUGGUACCAGGAGAGACUGCACUGGCAUUUUAUAAAGCAAAAAAUCCUACUGACAAACCAAUAAUUGGAAUUUCCACCUACAACGUUGUCCCCUUUGAAGCAGGACAGUAUUUCAAUAAAAUACAAUGUUUUUGUUUUGAAGAACAGAGGCUAAAUCCUCAGGAGGAAGUGGACAUGCCUGUCUUUUUCUACAUUGACCCAGAGUUUGCAGAGGACCCUAAAAUGGCUAAAGUUGAUUUGAUCACUCUCUCUUACACCUUCUUUGAAGCAAAGGAAGGACAGAAGUUGCCACUUCCUGGCUAUCAGUAACAGGCCUUCUCUACAAAAUCUGACUUCUGCUACAUCUGAGUGCCAGUUUUGAUGCCGUUUUUCCUUGGAAGAAAAAACUGCAGGAGUACUGUGCAGUAUGAAAUUAUACUAUUAAACCUCCAUGGGCACAUGCUGUUAUGAAAGUAUAUGUAUAUAUAUAUAUAUUUUUGGAAACCAACUUAAUGUAUCCCUAUUACUUAGGGAUAGUAUUUCUUCAUCAGACAGCAGAAGGGAACACACUGUUCCUGAAGCAGAGAGGGUUUUUCUCAGGCCAUCUUUUUGUAAGAUGUUAUCUGAAUACCACAAGGCAAAUUCUUAAAUCAAUGUGUAAAUUAAGAUCUUCUUUUAAAUACAGAAGAAAAAAAAUCAGUUGGUAACUAUCUAAAAUCCCAUUGCUGGCUCUGGAAAAUAACUUGCAUGUUAUUUUAGUUACUUUAGAAGAAGGUAAACGCAGAUAAUAAAUUGAGGUAAUCUCAUAACUAAACAAAGCUAGACUGCUAUUUCUGUGUGAGCCUGCCUGGCACAGGAGGAGAAGAUGGUUCAGAAGGUGAUGCACCCUCUCAUGUUAUUACUGCAUCAGUAGUUCACUUGGUAAGAGCAGACUGCUCUAAAGCUGUUAUCAUGAGAACAGUAAUUUAAGUGUAAGCACAUCAGACCUCUGGGAUGGCUUCCAUCUGGAAACACCAUCUUAUUUCUGUGUUGUGUCCCACUCAUUUGAAGUAUGUGUGGUGCUGUUGAGUGCACUUUGCCUCUGCAGAGGGCUCUACACUGGGCACCUCCACAAGAGACAAGCUUGGCUUGUGUCUGACAUGCUUUGAGGGUAGGGCAGGGUAUAACUGCUCUGGAUUGCAGCUGGAUGAACACCAUAGGUGUCUCCUCAAAAACCAAGAUCUGCCCAUUCAGAGGCGGAGUUGGCCUGAGCCUGCCCAGCAGUGCAGCAGCUCUCCAGGGGGACUCUUGUACCACCAGAACACAUCAGUGGUGUUUAUGUCACUUUGGGGCAUUAUCUGUGCAGUAGGUGCAAUAACACUUCAUCACUGCCUUGCAAACCAGGAGCAAGUUCAAGUAGCCUGCUCAUUUUCAGACAGAAAUUAUUAUCAGCCAGUAUCUCUUCUGCUGGGCCAUGUCUUUCUACACCUUCCAGCAGAGAAGAUCUACUAAAGUAAGGGUGAUGUUGGUUAGCAUGGACUCUGAAAAGGCAAUGUCCAGUUACUUAAGUCUCAAUUAUAUUCGCAUACAGUAACUCAAAAACUGCUUUUAUGAAAAUAAAUGAAUGCUAUCUUUAAAAUCCA